ACACCAAAAUCUUAAAAAUAAAUUAUAAACCAAAAACAAUGAAUCUCGCCAUAAAGUUUCAUGUGAUGGUACUUUUGCUCAUUGUAAUUGGAGAUGUUUGUGCCAAUGUAGGCGCAAGGCCGCUAGAAGAAGUUUCCAAAGAACUUAUGGAUAAGAAGGCCGUUUCGAUUCCUAAGACACCGUUACCGUUACCACCACCAUUACCAACAUUACCGCCAGCGCAGUUACCAGGUUUACCCACUCCGCCAAAGAUGUCUAAUGGUGACACUGGAGGAGUUGAUGCGAACGCAGAUGGUAGACUACCCAAAGAUGCUCCAGCGGGUUCCCAUGGUGCCACAGCCAGAGGAUAUCGUUCCGGAGGUGGCAGGAGUGAUGCGUCGGGCAGCACUGACCCUUGGCCUUGAGCGUGAGGUGAUGAUGUUCAAUUGUUCAUUGCUCAAACCUAUAUAAUAAGAUAAUAAUACUCUACAAACGCACGGUCUCUUUUCUGUUCAUAAAUAAAACUAGAGAUUGUCCCCUUUAAUAAUAAGAAAUCCCUAAUAAUAAUCAUGAAAUGCUACUUUCUAUGUGUAAUAUAUAAAAUAAAUGUAAUAAUUUACUACGGCUUUAUCUUAUUGAAUAAUAUAUGUAUGAGUGAUUAUGGUGUCCGUCUGACUGAUCGAUAACCAAAUAAUAUACAACCAUGUUUCAAUGAUC